CUAAACCCUUCAAAACCUCAUAUCUUCUCACCCAUCGGUCUACCUUUAACCCCCUCUAAACAACACAAAUGUCCCACCACUCCUCCCCCUUUCCCUCUUGCUUUCGCCCCUCCCCCACCACCUCUUCUUCCGACAACCACCAUCCUCCACCUUCACCACCGCCCCCUACAACUUCUGGCAACUCCAAUCUCGUCACUUGCCUCUACCAAACAGAGCUUGGCGUCUUCUCUCUUACAUGGUCCCGCACCUUCCUCGGCCAUUCUCUCCACCUCAACCUCCUCCCGGCUGAUAGCACAAACUGCUCUCCGUUAUAUCUCUCCAACCCACCUUCUCUCUCUACCCUCUCUUUCAAUCUCCAUAUCAAGCCCUUCAUUUUUUGGAAAAGACAUGGAUCCAAGAAACUCCAUAUUGUCAACCAAGAAGCCAACACCUCCACUGCUCCGAAAAUCCAAAUCUAUUGGGAUCUGUCCAGGGCAAAGUUCGGAUCCGGACCCGAACCCCAAUCGGGAUUCUACGUCGCCGUUGUUGUUGACCGAGAAAUCAUCCUUCUCGUUGGCGAUUUGACCAAACAAGCUUGUGCGAAGACUAGAGCUAAAAGGCCAGAGAGAUGCCAAGCUCUUGUUCUGAGGAGAGAGCAUGUCUACGGCAACAGGGUCUACUCCACAAAGGCCAGAUUUGGAGGCAAAAACAGAGAUAUUUCAAUUGAUUGCACCGUGAAUAACGAUGCAAGAUUGUGUUUUAGCGUUGAUAACAAGAGGGUUUUGCAGAUAAAACGAUUGAAGUGGAAAUUUCGAGGGAAUGAGAAAAUUGAAGUAGAUGGGGUGCCUAUACAGGUCUCAUGGGACGUCUACAACUGGCUAUUUGAGGAUAUAAACAACAGCCAUGCAGUGUUCAUGUUCCGAUUUGAGACUCCAGACAAUGAAGACGAAGAAGAAGAGGAACACGAAAGACAAACUGAAAGCACAGAAAUAUGCAGUGGGCAAGAUGGGAAAAACAGUAUGGUUCCAUGGCAACAAAAUCCAUUUAAUAGUUUCGGAAUGAGUGGAAUAGAAUGGAGGAAGAGGAGAAGGAAUUUGAUGAAGACGACAAGGAGCUCAUCUUCGUCGUCGAUUUCGAUGUCAUCUGCAUCUUCAGGGGGCGGCUCUUCGUCCAUAAUGGAAUGGGCAAGCACCGAGGAGAAUGAGCUGAGUGCCCCUAUUGGCUUCUCUCUGCUUGUUUACGCCUGGAGAAAAUGAACGAUUUGUGGUCUUCUCUAAUUUUCCGGUAACGAUAAUUAAAGUUUCAAUUUUUUUUUGGUUGUUGUUGGUGAGAUGUGACUAACCCAUUUGUUAAUGAACAUAGUAAUUACAGAUUAAUGAAUCAUUAGAGCAACAUAACUGAUUAUUAUUACAUUGUUAGACGUAUGAUGUAAUGUGAGAUUGAUGAAUGAAAAUACGGAGUAUUCUUUUA